AUGAAAGUGAUCGUGGUAUUGCUGGCCUUGUUGGUAGCGGUUAUUGCCCUUCCCAUUGAGGAGCGUGUUAAUGGAGAAAAUGGCUGGUAUGUGCCUCAGGAAGAUGGUAGUUUUGAAUGGAUAGACAAAAGGGAGGCCGAGGUGCUCUUAAAAAGCCCAGCUCCCGUCGAAGUUCGUUCCAAUGACGUAUCCUUCUACCUGUAUACCCAAAGUAACCCAACUGAAGGACAGGAAAUUACUGCCGAUGCAUCCUCUGUUGAAAACUCUUACUUUGACAAGAACCAUGGCACUCGUUUCGUGAUCCACGGAUGGAAGGGACGCUACACAGAUAGCAUGAAUGUUGACAUUACCAAGGCCUGGCUAUCGAAGGGAGAUUACAACGUGAUCGUUGUCAAUUGGGAUCGUUCCCAAUCCGUAGAUUAUGCCAUGUCUGUACGUGGUGUUCCUGAAGCUGGAACCAAAGUGGGAGAGAUGAUUGAGUACUUGCACGAGCACCACGACAUGUCUCUGGAGACUCUUAAGGUUAUUGGUCAUAGUUUGGGUGCCCAUGUGGCUGGUUAUGCAGGCAAGCAAGUGGGUGGCAAGAGAGUGCACACUAUUGUAGGUCUGGAUCCUGCCCUGCCGCUGUUCAGCUACGAUACUCCAGACAAGCGUCUAUCCAGCGAAGAUGCCUUCUACGUGGAGUCUAUCCAGACCAAUGGCGGUGUUAAGGGAUUCGUAAAACCCAUUGGAAAGGCCACUUUCUAUGUGAGUGGAGGAAAGAAGCAGCCAGGAUGUGGUGUGGACGUUGCAGGGACCUGUUCCCAUGCACGAUCCGUGCUCUACUACGCUGAGGCCGUCACCGAUGACAGUUUCGGAACCAUCCAGUGCCAGGACUACUUAACUGCUUUGGCAAACGAGUGUGGCAGCACCUUCAGCAACGUUCGCAUUGCCGAGGAAAAGAAUGCCAACAGUGUGGAGGGCCACUUCUACGUGCCUGUAAACAGCGAGGCUCCAUUCGGAAUAACUGAAUAGAGACGUAUCAGAAAUAAAUAUCAAUUAUCAAUUAAAUGAGCUCCCAAAAAUCAA